AUGUGGCUUCUCAAUACCACAACCCUCGAGCUCCACGAGUUCCCAUCCAACCCUCCGCCUUACGCCAUUCUCUCGCACACAUGGGGCAAAGAAGAGGUUCUAUAUCAAGAACUGGGAACUCCAGGCUGCAAGAGGAAGGAGGGUUACCGAAAAAUCGAAGGCUGCUGUGCUCAGGCCAAAGCAGACGGUCUUGAGUACGCCUGGGUGGACACAUGUUGUAUCGAUAAGCGGAGCAGUUCUGAGUUAUCUGAAGCCAUCAAUUCUAUGUUCCGGUGGUACAGUGAAGCUCAUGUUUGCUAUGUGCAUCUCUCCGAUGUCGACAACGUCCACUUGUCAAGGUCUUUCCGAGAUAGCCGUUGGUGGACUCGAGGCUGGACGCUGCAAGAACUCCUUGCGCCUAUGCAUGUGGUGUUCUACGACAGAUCAUGGCGCGAGAUGGGGACCAAGAUGAGUAUGCUUGACCAAAUCGUCGUGAUCACGGGUAUAUCGCGCAGACAAUUGUCGCUCCCAGCAUCUGUGAUGUACGUAUGCGCGGCUGAGAAAAUGCUCUGGGCAUCACGAAGAGAGACUGCAAGAACCGAAGACGUUGCUUACUGCCUAAUGGGUAUUUUCGACAUCAAUAUGCCUCUACUAUAUGGAGAAGGCCCGCGUGCGUUUCAAAGACUGCAAUCAGAAAUUCUGACGAAAACAGGCGACCAGUCCAUCCUAGCAUGGACGUCGAAGGAUACUGCUCGAGCUGGACCGGACCUUUCCAUCCCUUUCGCGAGCUCUCCGGCUAGCUUCUCAAAUACCUCUUUCGAACGAGUGGCAUGGGACGCAACUCCCGUAUCGAUAGACAAUAUCGGUAUCUCUAUCUCGCUGCCAUUAAUCACAACGACAGGUAUUCCUGCACCUCCUGGCUAUCCCUCCAUGAUCGGCAUCCUCAAUUGCUGUUCCGAUGGCAGAAGAAUAGGUAUACAUCUUCGUUUGGCCCCUGACGCCACGACCUACAUGCGGCAGUGGCCAAGCAGAUUGUCUCCUGUAUUGACAAAGAGGCCAAUUCCUCCCCCUCAGAGGAUAUAUCUUUCCAUGCUCGAUUACUUCGCAGUGUCGCAAAAGCCCCCGAACUUUAAAGAGAUUUCAAUUCAUUGCGCAGCAGAGAGCAAGCAGUGCUACCAGAUAUUACACGUAUACAGUUAUUCAGAACAGCCGAUCUCGUCCUGCGACCAAUUUCCAAAACAGCGGUCCCUCUGGCGUGUCAACUUGGCCAUCGAGGAUUGGUGUCUAGUAGUGCUCCAGAACAACCGCAACUCUUAUUUUUCCUUGAUCCUGGGCAACUAUGGCCAUAGACUUUGGAGCCAUGGUGUUAAGGGAGACUUGACGCAAGAUGCUUCCCGCAAGCUUUGGCCGAUCUGGAAAGAUAUCAAGGGAUGCAUUUCUACGGAAGGUUACACCCCGGAGUACUUCAACGAUCGGGCAAAAUACAACGUCGAUGACUCGACACUCACGGUAAAGAUCCACCAGUUGCCUCGUCUCAGAGAGCCGUCCGACAUCACGUACUUCAAGGUGGAGAUUACACAAGCCAAAGGAUGA